UUUUUUAAUUAUUUAAAACAAUUGUUUAAAGAAAUAAUGUCAAUUGAAACAGUUCCAACCGAUUUGCGCAACCUCCGUGCUUGUCUAGUCUGUUCACUUGUAAAAACUCUUCACCAAUUUGAAAUGGAUGGGUGUGAUAAUUGUGACAGAUUUUUGGGAAUAAAGGGAGAUAUUGAAAAAUGUGUUGAGUGUACAAGUGCCAAUUUUGAUGGAAUGAUUGCCGUUUGUGAUCAUAAUGAUUCGUGGGUUAGCAAGUGGCAGGUUAGAAAAAUUUUGUUUUAUCUAAAAUGUGGGUUUUACUUUUCUCCUAUAAGUCUGCUGUCCGCAAUUAUCUUGCGGAUUUUCUGCAAAUUUGCGGACUCCUGGAAAACGUGCAUUUUUUGAAAAUAUGCGGACCUUUGUAAAGCUUAUGGGCUUUUUAAAAAAUUUGCGAAUUUUUUAUCCUAAAAUUUUUUCAGAAAAUUAAUAAAAAGUGUCCGGGAGUGUACGCAAUUUCUGUAUCUGGUACCCUUCCAAAGAUAGUCGUUCAAGAAUUGAAGCAGCUUGGAAUUAAAUACAAAACUGGGCAACGAGAUAAGUCGAUUAAAUAA